UCAAUUCAUUGUCGCAUUCCUGCGGAACCAACGGAUGUCGCUAUUCUUGGACAACCGCUUACAUUCCGAAAUGGUCGCACUGCGCAGAACAGAUUUCUCAAGGCAGCUCUAACAGAACGGAUAAGUACAUGGGACGCUAAAAAUCCAUCAAAACGCGGCGUUCCAACUCAAGAACUCAUCAAUCUCUACGAUAAGUGGGGUCACGGAAAGUUCGGCAUGACCCUUACUGGUAACAUCUGUGUGGAACCGAACCAUCUAGAGUCAGUCGGGAACGCGAUCUUCAGCAAGGAAAAUGAUUGCCCACAACUCCGAGAAAUGACUUCAAAAUUAGCGGAAACAAUGAAACAGGAUGGAGCCUUGGCUGUUGUUCAGAGCGGACGUCAAACACAAGAAGCAGUAAAUUUACAUCCGUUCUCAUGUUCGGAUCUCGGAAUUAAAUCUAAGACAGUUCCUCUAAGAUUCGGAACACCGAUCGCGCUAAGCGAAGCACAGGUCAGACAGAGGUUGUCGAAUUCGUUUCACGAUCAUGGGUUUGAUGGAGUUCAACUUCAUGCAGCUCACGGCUACUUAUUGUCGUCAUUCCUGUCGCCAAUGACGAAUAAUCGAAAGGAUAAAUACGGAGGCUCUGCAAAAGACAGAAUGACAGUUAUUCUUGAAAUUUACGAAGGAAUUAGAAAGGAGAUCACGUCCAAAGACUUUCUGUUAGGAAUAAAGAUGAAUUCGGUCGAAUUCCAAGAGCGUGGCUUGGGUGUGGAAGACGCCAAGAUUAUGGGUGGUAUCAUGGAG